AUGGCGCGAACCAGGUCGAAGAUGCGCCAGGGCCGGGCACUAGCAGUUGAUUCCCUAUUCUGGAAUCCUGAAGCCUCGCGCGAGAGACGGGUAACGUACAUGAUAGUCAAUGGGACCAAGUGGGCCAAUACAAUGGCUCCGUUGCCGGAGCAGCUGCCCGACCGCGAUGGCUCGCAUACGCGGUGCUGGCACACCCAACUCCAUAUCGAGUCUCAUGUCGCGGCCAAGCCGAUCCAGACGACCGAAACCCCAAAUGCCGUCCCGCGGCAGACGCAAAUGGGGCUGCCCCUCGCGGUCGAGUCUCGCCUUUCUGCGGCUGCGAGUUGUCGCCGCCAAAAGCCGAACGAAACUCGCGCCAAAGUAGGACGACGGUCGGUGUUUACCUCGUUGCCUCCGAGUUUCGGUGCUCAGGGCCCGGAGAUGCUUCUUAUCUUUCGGCCGAAACGCGGCGCCGACACCACUCUGCCUGCCCCUCCAUUGUUCUAG